UUCGAGAGCCACUGGGAGCCGGAGGAAAGACUUCAUUUGGGCUGUAUAGGAUUAAGCACUGGGACAUUUUCUCAGCCCUUGUGCGCCUGGGCCUCAAACAGUUAAAAGAGGAAGUUAGAGCGGUUGAACUAGAUAAGGAGAUCCAGAAAACAAAUGAGAUGAAGAACAAAGAUCUAAAAGAUAAAAUCAUCACAGUUGCGGGAAAAAAGAAAUAGGGUGGCUGGACAGCAAGAUGUAAGAAGGGAACCGGGAAUGGAGAGUGUGCAAUGCUGCGCCUAGUAACCCUGGAUGUGACAAACACUCUUCUCAAAUUCUCUAGACCUCCUGGGGAACAGUAUGCUGCAAUUGGCCAACUGUAUGGACUGAAUGCUAACCCAAAGAAGCUGAGUGAAGGUUUUCGCAUAAGCUUCAAGAAACAUGAGAAAGAAUUCCCAUUCUAUGGUGCUUCAUCUAUAGGGUGGCAGAAUUGGUGGUUAGGUGUUGUUGCAGAUACAUUCCGAAACGCUGAUUGCCCAGCUGAUGAUGAUACAUUAAAGAGAGUGGGCUAUGAUUUGAAUGAGCAUUUUUCUCAUGGAAGUGCUUAUGAGUUAAUUGAUGGAAGCAUUCCCCUCUUGAAUCUGCUAAAGAAUAAAUGUGUAAAAAUUGGUGCUUUGUCCAAUUUUGAUGAACGUCUAGAUAGUCUCUUCAUUCAGAUAGGAAUUAAGCAUUAUUUUGAUUUUGUUCUCACCUCUUUACAGUUUAAAGUGCAAAAACCCGACCCAAAGAUUUUUCAUAAGGCUUUGGAGUUGGCAGGUGAUAAAAUCAAACCAUCAGAAGCUGUUCACGUAGGUGAUGACAUUCACUGUGACUACUUGGGAGCCAGGGAAUGUGGUUGGCAUAGUAUUUUAGUCUCAAGAACCUUUCUUGAUUUGUGUCAAGAAGAAGGUAUAAAGCCAGAUGCUUCUUCAAUGUUUACCAGUUUAAAAGAAGUGUUACCUAUACUUGAUGUUUCUACAAUGCCUAAGAUUACAAAAACUUGAAUUGUAUGUUUUGGAUUGUUGUUACGUAUUUGGUGUAAGAUAUGAAAAUCUAUUCUUGAUAUCUGCUUUGCAUAAUCUUAUUGAGAAACUAGUAUAUUUUGGUGUUUCCUUUUAAUCAGAUUAUAAAAAGAUGAUGAGAUUUACAGUGGCAAUCUAUAAACAUUUUACAAAGACAAGACCACUUUUGACAUAUGCCUCUGAAAGCAUUUUAUGUAAUCCCAAGAGAUACUGCCCGGGGAUAUGCUCUGCAAGAAUAGUUUAUUGGACUAAAAGUGUGCUUAACAAUGCAUCAGACAAAGCUCCCAGGUCUUCCUUUCUGAUGUUUUGUGAAAGUCAGUGUUAUUCUAGGUGUAGAUUGGACUACAGAGAACAGAAAGCCAGUGGCAACAGGAAUAGGAGGCUCUAUGCAUAUCCAUUGUUUGCUCUUGCACUGUUUCAAAGCAAAAAGGAUGAAGAAGAAGAAAAGAAGCAGGAAUCAGAAUUGAUAAUGAUGAUUAAAAGAGGAGUUUUGGUAGUUACAGGUGAGACUA